CUUGUGACAUAGAAUUAAAACUGCUGCAAUGGGGAACCAGCUGGCUGGUAUUGCCCCUUCUCAGAUCCUUUCAGUUGACAGCUAUUUUUCAGACAUCCAUGACUUUGAAUAUGACAAAAGCUUGGGCAGUACUCGUUUUUUCAAAGUUGCUCGAGCCAAACACAGAGAGGGCCUGGUGGUUGUAAAGGUGUUUGCCAUUCAAGAUCCAACAUUACCGUUAACAAGUUACAAGCAGGAGCUGGAGGAAUUGAAAAUAAGGUUGCAUUCAGCCCAAAACUGUCUUCCCUUUCAGAAGGCCACAUUGUCUGAAAAAGCAGCAAUGCUCUUUAGGCAGUACGUGCGGGAUAAUCUCUAUGACCGUAUUAGUACGAGGCCGUUCCUGAACAACAUUGAGAAGAGGUGGAUAGCCUUCCAGAUCUUGACAGCGGUGGACCAAGCGCACAGAUCGGGGGUCCGUCACGGGGAUAUCAAAACAGAAAACAUCAUGGUGACCAGCUGGAAUUGGGUCCUUCUGACAGAUUUUGCAAGUUUUAAGCCAACCUACCUCCCUGAAGACAACCCUGCUGAUUUCAAUUAUUUCUUUGACACAUCACGAAGGCGAACUUGUUAUAUUGCCCCAGAGCGCUUUGUUGAUGGCAGCAUGUUUGCUACAGAACUGGAAAAUAUGAGAGAUCCUUCUACUCCACUCGUAGACUUGGCCAAUAGUAAUCAACGAAGCAGGGGGGAAUUGAAACGUGCCAUGGAUAUCUUUUCUGCAGGUUGUGUCAUAGCUGAGCUCUUUACCGAAGGAGUACCUCUGUUUGACUUGUCACAACUUCUGGCAUAUAGGAAUGGCCUCUUUGCCCCUGAACAAGUGCUGAAUAAAAUUGAAGACCGAAGUAUCAGAGAACUGGUUACCCAGAUGAUCCAUCGUGAGCCAGAAAAACGUUCAGCUGCUGAAGACUACUUGAAGCAACAACGGAACAAUGCCUUUCCUGAAAUAUUUUACACCUUCCUCCAGCCUUACAUGGCGCAGUUUGCCAAGGAAACCUUUGUGUCGGCCGACGAACGGAUCCUCGUCAUACGUAAAGAUCUGGACAACAUCAUUCACAAUCUCUGUGGGCAUGACCAAACUGAAAAAGCAGAGGGGGAGACAAAGGAAAACGGGCUGGUCAUUUUGGUGUCUGUGAUAACUUCAUGCCUUCAGACCCUCAAAUACUGUGAUUCGAAGCUGGCCGCCUUGGAGCUGAUUCUCCAACUGGCACCCCGGUUAAGUGUGGAAAUCCUGCUGGAUCGUAUCACCCCUUAUCUCUUGCAUUUCAGCAAUGACUCUGUGCCUAGGGUGAGGGCAGAAGCUGUGAGGACACUAACGAAAGUUCUUGCUCUUGUCAAAGAGGUGCCACGUAAUGAUAUCAAUAUCUACCCAGAGUACAUCUUGCCAGGCAUAGCACACUUGGCCCAGGAUGAAGCCACAAUUGUCCGACUGGCCUAUGCUGAGAACAUAGCACUGUUGGCUGAAACUGCUCUGAGAUUCCUGGAGCUGGUCCAGUUAAAAAACUUGAAUAUGGAGAAUGAACCAAACAGUGAGGAAAUGGAUGACACAUCGCACCCUAGUGAAAAUUACGACACCGAACUUCAAGCCUUGCAUGAAAUGGUGCAGCAGAAGGUGGUCACUUUGCUGAGCGACCCGGAAAACAUCGUGAAACAGACCCUCAUGGAAAAUGGAAUCACCCGCCUCUGUGUCUUUUUUGGACGUCAAAAAGCCAACGACGUUCUCCUGUCCCAUAUGAUCACCUUCCUCAAUGAUAAGAAUGAUUGGCAUCUACGGGGAGCUUUUUUCGACAGCAUAGUGGGUGUUGCAGCUUAUGUUGGCUGGCAAAGCUCUUCGAUCCUAAAGCCGCUACUUCAGCAAGGGCUCAGUGAUGCUGAAGAAUUUGUCAUCUACAAAGCCCUCAAUGCGCUUACCUGUAUGUGCCAAUUAGGUCUUCUGCAGAAACCACACAUCUAUGAAUUUGCUUGUGAUAUUGCACCGUUCCUGUGCCAUCCUAAUCUCUGGAUACGCUAUGGAGCAGUCGGGUUUAUAACUGUUGUAGCACAGCAUUUGAAUAUUGCCGAUGUUUAUUGCAAGCUCAUGCCUUACCUGCAUCCUUUCAUCACUCAGCCGAUCAUCCAGAUUGAUAAAGAAAUCGUUCUGCUGAGCGUCCUCAAAGAACCUGUCAGUCGUUCCAUAUUCGAUUAUGCUCUGCGAUCAAAGGACAUAGGAAGCCUUUUCAGAACUCUGCAGCUUCGUCAGAAGAAGAGGAACGGCACUCUUCCCGAUUGUCCCCCUCCUGAGGAUCCAGCGAUUGCUCAGCUGCUGAAGAAGCUACUCUCUCAGGGGAUGACGGAAGAAGAAGAAGACAAGCUGCUUGCCUUAAGAGACUUCAUGCUAAAAUCCAACAAAGCUAAGGCCAACAUAGUGGACCAGAGCCACCUUCACGACAGCACCCAGAAAGGGGUGAUUGACUUGGCCACUCUGGGUAUAACGGGGAGACAAGUCGAUCUGGUCAAAAUGAAGCAGGAGUCCGAUGACAAACGUGCUAGAAAACAUGUAAAACAAGACUCAAAUGUAAAUGAAGAAUGGAAGAGCAUGUUUGGCUCUUUGGAACCUUCGAAUAUCCCCCAGCCGAUGAGCAAAGGACACGGCCAAAGCGCCGAGCAGGAAAUCGUCCAGACCAACAAACCUCUUCGAUCAGAGUCUUCAGCUGGCAUUUGUGCUCCUUUGUCAUCCUCUCCCCAGGCAGCUGAUGGAACCGUUGUCCAAGCUAGGAAACCAGCCAUACAAGUGUUGAGCAGUAUAGCUUCACCCUCCACGUACCAGCUGCGCAUCACCACUUGUAAAACAGAGCUUCAGCAGCUCAUCCAGCAAAAGCGAGAGCAGUGCAACGCUGAAAGAAUCGCCAAGCAGAUGAUGGAGAACGCGGAAUGGGAGAGCAAGCCGCCGCCACCAGGAUGGCAUCCUAAAGGCCUCCUGGUUGCUCACCUUCAUGAGCACAAGUCCGCAGUGAACCGCAUCCGAGUCUCUGAUGAGCAUUCUAUUUUUGCCACAUGCUCAAACGAUGGGACAGUGAAAAUCUGGAACAGUCAGAAAAUGGAGGGCAAGACUACUACCACCAGAUCCAUUUCGACAUAUUCUCGGAUUGGAGGGCGAGUGAUGACACUGACCUUCUGCCAGGGCUCUCACUACUUGGCGAUAGCUUCAGAUAAUGGAGCGAUUCAGCUUCUUGGGAUUGAAGCUUCAAAGCUACCCAAAUCUCCAAAAAUCCUUCCCAUACAAAGCAGGUUUCUAGAUCAGAAGGAAGAUGGCUGUGUAGUAGACAUGCAUCACUUCAAUUCGGGGUCCCAGUCGGUGCUGGCUUAUGCCACUGUGAACGGUUCUUUAGUUGGAUGGGAUCUCAGAUCCUCUAACAACGCCUGGAUAUUGAAGCAUGAUUUAAGGUUGGGACUUAUAACCUCGUUUGCCGUGGAUAUACACCAAUGCUGGCUCUGUAUUGGCACAAGCAGUGGUACUAUGGCAUGCUGGGACAUGAGGUUCCAGUUACCUAUUUCCAGCCAUUCCCACCCUUCCAGGGCACGGAUCAGACGUCUGCUGAUGCAUCCGCUCUCCCAGUCAUGGGUUGUCGCAGCUGUUCAAGGCAACAAUGAGGUCUCCAUGUGGGAUAUGGAAACGGGUGAUCGGCGGUUCACGCUGUGGGCUAGCAGCGCCCCUCCUCUUUCAGAAUUGCAGCCUUCCCCUCAUAGUGUUCAUGGAAUAUACUGCAGCCCAGCAGAUGGAAAUCCUAUAUUACUGACUGCAGGUUCUGAUAUGAAGAUAAGAUUUUGGGAUUUAGCAUACCCUGAAAGGUCUUACGUCGUUGCUGGAGGUUCCAGUGGCCCAUCUGUUUCUUACUACAGGAAGAUCAUUGAGGGCACAGAAGUGGUUCAGGAAAUCCAGAAUAAGCAGAAGGUGGGUCCCACAGACGAAACCCCUCGAAGGGGUCCGGAAUCUCUACCGGUUGGACACCAUGACAUUAUUACAGACAUUGCUACUUUCCAGACAACGCAAGGGUUCAUAGUUACUGCGUCCCGAGAUGGCAUUGUGAAAGUGUGGAAAUGAAGAUUGCACUGAUUUGUAUUUACUGUAAAUACUUGUAAUAAAGGUAAAAAAUAUUUGCUUCCAGAACAUGAAACGAUAGACUGUGAGACU